CUUCCCUUAUAUACCAUCACUUGGAAUAUUUUCACUCGGAAUCUUCUCACGUGGCAUCUUCUCACGUGGAAUCUUCUCACUACGCAUCACUUCAUUGUUCUGGACACUCCAAGUCAGCUGUCAAUAGCCCACAAGAGAUUACCUAACUGUAGCCUAGGAGACGGUGCAAUCAUUACCGUAGGAAAAAUGCUGUGGCCCGUAUGGGCUUGGUCUGCAGCGCUGCUGUUCAGCUGUCAUAGUCUGGCCAAGAUAUACAAUACGCGAUUCAACGGCACCACCUGGGACGAUGAAGCAUGGAGCAUCACAACCACCACCCUGGACCAGGGCCAUUACCAGUCUCGCAUGUCGAUGGGGAAUGGCUAUCUGGGAAUCAAUCUCGCCGCUGUGGGGCCCUUCUUUGAUGUCGAUGUACAAGUCAACGGCGACAAUAUCCAAGGCUGGCCACUGUUUGAUCGCCGGCAGAGUUUUGCGACUAUUGCUGGCUUUUGGGACUCCCAGCCCACGACGAAUGGGACGAAUUUUGGCUGGUUAAACCAAUAUGGUGGCGAAAGUGUCAUUUCUGGUAUCCCUCACUGGGCAGGCCUGCAUGUGAAGGUCGGAGAGGACGUGCUGGAUGCGAGCGUACCUGCAGAGCAGAUAUCGAGCUUUACGUCGACGCUGGAUAUGAGGAAUGGUGUCCUCCAUUGGAAUUAUACAUGGACGCCAACUUCUGGCUCUCCGCUCGAUAUUGAAUACACUCUUCUGGUGCACAAGCUGAAUGUAAAUCAGGCUGCUGUGCAACUUCGGCUCACGGCUGCCGAGGAUCUUAACGCGACUGUGAUAGAUCUGUUGCAAGGGGACUGUGCUGUCAGGUCCACGCCUGUGGACAAAGGCUCCUUUGCAGUAUGGCCCGUCAUAUGGUCUGCAGUCAGUCCGGACGGCAUUCGCAACGUGACUGCUUGGGUCCACUCUGCACUUGUGGGCGACCAAACUUGCGAUACAGCCAGCAGGAGAAUCAUCACAGAUAGUGACAUUGUUGGCAGCAACAGUUCUUCCAUUGCGCAGUCUUUGGACGUGUCGCUAGUCGGAGGCUGCACUUCUGUCAUUACAAAGUACAUUGGAACUGCUUCGAGUGAUGCCUUCACCGAUCCCGCGUCUGUAGCCCUGCAGGCAGCCUGGGAGGGCGCCAAUGCGGGAUUCGACGAGCUAUAUGAGUCGCAUGCGUCCGAGUGGAAGAGUAUAUUGACUGAAGACAGCGUGGAGGAUUUUCGGGAUCACGAUGGUAACCUGCCGGAAGAUCUGGACGUACAGGAACUACAGAUUACUGCCAUUACGAAUCCAUUUCAGCUGCUCUCGAAUACCAUCAGUGCCAAUGCUGUACUCGCCGCGGGCAACAACACGAAACUGGCGUCGAACAGUAUCUCGGUCUGUGGGCUUGGAGGCUCUUGCUACGCUGGUCUGGUCUUUUGGGACACCGAAGUCUGGAUGCAACCGGGACUGGUCGUCACAUACCCAGAUGCAGCAAAGCAGAUUGCGCAAUACCGAGUUGACAAAGGUCCUCAAGCCCAUGAGAACAUCUUGACCGCCUACCAGUCCAGCCAGAACCAAACUGACAAGUUUUCGCCACUCGGAGCCGCUUAUUCUUGGACAGCUGGACGCUAUGGUAACUGUACAGGUACCGGCCCAUGCUUCGACUACCAGUAUCACCUUAAUGGCGAUAUUGGCCUUGAAUUCUUCAAUUACUGGGCAGUUACUGGCGAUACCGACUACUUCCGUCGAGAGUUGUUUCCUAUAUACGAGUCCAUUGCACAGCUCUAUGCUGACUUGGUUACAUUCAACAAGACCACCGGCCUGUACGAAUUGUACAACGCUACAGAUCCUGACGAAUACGCCAAUUUUCAGAAAAACGUCGGCUUCACUAUGCUCCUGAUGCAAAGUCACCUCAACGAGACAAACACUAUUCGCGAAAGAUUUGGUCUCGAGGCCAACCAAACAUGGGCCAAUAUAUCCGAUCUGAUCACGAUCCCUGUGGGCGAAGAAGCCAACAUUAUUCUGGAAUACGCCAGUCAAAAUGGCAGCAUCACUGUCAAGCAGGCCGAUAUUGUUCUGAUUGAUGACUUUCUGCAAUGGCCGAACCCCUACACACUGAGCAACCUGGACUACUACGCUGCUGCACAGUCUCCCGACGGCCCUGCAAUGACAUAUGGUGUCUUCAGUGUCGUGGCCAACCGCGAAUCCCCUUCGGGCUGCUCGUCGUACACCUACGAUCUGUACGGCUCACAGCCAUAUACCCGAGGACCGUGGUACCAAUUCAGCGAGCAGCUCAUUGACGACUGGUCCACGAACGGCGGAACCCACCCAGCAUUUCCCUUCCUGACGGGCGUCGGAGGCGCACACCGUGUCGCAGUCUUCGGCUAUCUCGGUCUCCGUUUAAUGCUCGACACACUCAACAUCGACCCGUCUCUCCCACCUCAGAUCCCCCAACUAGCCUUCCGAACCAUCUACUGGCAAGGCUGGCCCAUCAAAGCCUUCUCCAACCAAACUCACACCACUUUAACCCGUCCUCAUCAUCGUCGCGGUGGCAACCCCCUUUCUACAGCAAACUCCACCUUCGCCACCGCACCCAUCCCCGUCACAAUUUCCAUCUCAGGCACCACAAUCCACCACAACCUCCACCCCAACUCCUCUCUAACUCUCUCCAACCGGCAAAUCGGCCUCAUACCGACUUUCCCAGGAAAUAUCGCCCAAUGUCGUCCCGUGGUCAGUUCCCCACAACUGUUCCUUCCAGGCCAAUUCCCUCUCAGCGCCAUCGACGGCGCCGUCAGCACGAAAUGGCAACCUGUUGUGGCGAAUGUUACUGCAUCCAUUACGAUUUCUCUCCCGGAACCUUUUCUUCCUAUUGUCGCCAUUCGAUUCGAUUGGGCAAAAGCUCCACCGAGAGGGUAUUCUGUGACUUUUUCGAACUUUUCUUCAUCUUCUUCUCCCUCCAAUCUUCCUAGUGGAGGGCAAGAAGGGCAAGGAGAAGAAAAAAUCGUCAACGUAACAUCCUCCAGCCACGUCCAAAUCAGCCAUCCAUAUAAUUCUUCCUCUGCAGAUUUGAUUCGACCAUAUGCUUCGAAUGUGACGAAUGUGACUUUGGAGAGGCCUGUGUGGAGUGGGAAAUUUGCUACGUUGGAGAUUUGGGGGAGUUGGGCAAAUGAUGAUGGUGAUAAUGGUGAUGGUGAUGGUGAUGGGAAUGGUGGUGGAGUGGGAGCUAGUGUUGCCGAGUUUGCGAUUAUUGCGCAAGGGAGUGGGGAGAACGUGGUGGCGAGGAGUGGAAGAGGAGAGUGGUUGUCCUGAGAGGAAGAGGGUAUGUUGGGUGGCGUGGCUUGGGGGGCGUGUGUGUGAUCUGGGUGGCGUGGCUUGGGGGGUGUGUGUGAUCUGGAUGG